AUGUAUACUCACCCAAAAACAGAAGUAGCAUCGGGUGAACUCUAUUCAAUGAGAAAUGUUAAUUCAAUAACACAGACAUCACGUGAUGUCCAGUCAAUGAGCAAUACACAUACUACUACUAUAGUAAAAUGUAACGGUACAGGUGUAGGUCAUUUAAAAGAGAGCUUGAGCGAAUGGAAGAGAAUAGGUGCCACGGAUUUUGUAUUAGAUAUUAUAGCAAACGGGUAUAAAAUUCCUUUCAGCACAAUUCCAUGCAUGGUUGAAUUACAAAAUAACAAAUCAGCAAGAGACAAUCCUGAAUUUGUUCAGAGCGAGAUUGAAAAAUUGCUAGAAAAAGGAUGUAUUACUAAAGUGUCUCGUAAGCCAUAUGUAGUUAAUCCUUUAACUGUAGCUCAUAAUAGAGGUUCAAAACUCAGAUUAGUACUAGAUGCAAGACAUAUCAAUCCAUAUGUAGUUAAAUUUAAACACAAAUAUGAAGAUGCAAAAACUGCUAGACAGUUAUAUGAUCAAGGAGAUUUUGUAUUUUCUUACGAUUUAAAAAGCGCAUAUCAUCAUAUAAGCAUUUUUGAAACAGAUACUACAUAUUUAGGUUUUAAAUGGGAGCAUGAAUAUUAUGUGUAUAAUGUUUUGCUUUUUGGGUUGUCAACCAGUGGGUAUAUUUUCACAAAGGUAGUCAGGGAAGUUAUAAAAUAUUGGAGAAGUACGGGUCUAAAAAUUGUCAUGUAUCUAGACGAUGGCCUCGGCGGGUGCAAAAACAUGAAAGAGGCUAUGUUAGCGAGUGAAAAAAUCCAUUCCGAUUUGGAACAAUUUGGGUUUGUUCUUGCAUCAGAGAAGUGCAAUUGGGUUCCUAUUCAAGGUCUUGACUGGUUGGGUUUUCAUUGGGAUAUGAUAGAAGGGGUUAUAAGAAUUACCGAAAAAAGAAUAGAGAAGCUUUUAAGAAUUUUGGAAGUUUUCAGGUUACAAUUUCACUACGGAAUUAGGCUUUUCCGGGUGAAAUUUAUUGCAAGUAUUGUAGGACAGAUCAUAUCAAUGCAGCCUGUAUUAGGAGAUCAGGCACGUUUAAGAACACGGUAUUUGUACCAAUGUAUAUUGCAAAGGGCAAGUUGGAACGCCAAAGUACUAGUUAGUACGGACGCAUUCGAGGAGUGCAUUUUUUGGCAACAUAAAGUUGAAAAUUUUAACGAGAUAGGAUCUCGGUUAAGUCAGUUGACUUAUAAUGUACCACAAGAUUAUUAUGUGUUCAGUGAUGCAUCUGGUACAGGUUUCGGUGGUUUUGUUACCACUGGUUCAGAGGACGAACCUUUGGAAAUGUUUGGUAGUUGGUCAAUGGCGGAACAGGCCGAAAGUUCGACCUGGAGAGAGCUCGAGGCUGUAAAAAGAUUAUUGAUAAAUUUUGUCAAUAUCCUCUCUGGUAAGAUUAUCAGAGUUUUCACAGAUAAUCUGAAUAUCACACAUAUACUUAAUAUUGGUAGUAGGAAAAUGGUUUUGCAUAAGAACGCUUUGUUCGUUGAUGAAUUUUGCAGAGAGAAUGCAAUUAAGUUGAGUUUGGUUUGGUUACCAAGAGAAUCAAACCAGUAUGCAGACACUUUAAGUAGGGUAACAGAUUGUGAUGACUGGGAAAUACGAGAUGAUAUUUUUCUGUAUCUUGAUCACGUUUGGGGUCCACAUGACAUAGAUAGGUUCGCACAUGAUUACAAUGCCAAGUGCAAACUUUUUAACUCAAAGUUUUGGUGUCCCGGGACUGCUGGGAUAGACUCGUUUACAGUAGUAUGGGGUGAACAAAAUAAUUGGAUAGUUCCACCACCAAGUUUGAUUCCAAAGGUUAUUAAUAAGAUUAGAAUAGAAAAAUGCAAUGGCACUUUAGUCAUCCCGGAAUGGACAUCGGCACCAUUUUGGCCUAUGUUGGUGGAUCGAUUUGGAAAUUUUAAGGAUUUCAUAGUUGACAGAAAGUUUUUUCAAGGGGAAAAUCUGACUAAAAGAGGCAGAGGGCAGUGCGGAGUAUUUGGACAACAGUGUUUCAAAUUUAGAUUGAUAGCAUUAAGAAUAGAAUUUUAG